AGAAAGAGAGAGAGAGAGAGAGAGAGAGAGAAAGAGAGAGAGAGAGAAAGAGAGAGAAAAGAGUAAAAAGGAAAAGUUAAAUCUCUCGUUUGUUUAACAUUUUCAAAAUGAAAUCCGUGGAAAAAAAUGUGACGGUCCAAAAGGAUCAAACAAAUUUUUUAAAAAAUUGGUACGUUUGGAUCAUAACCAUAGUGGGACUGUCAAGUUUCUUUUUAAUAGUGAUAUUUUGGUGUACGAAUAUAUUCAAGAACACUAUAUUAUCGAAUUUAAUAAUAGAAAAGGGUACGACGAACUUUGAUUUCUGGGAACGUCCACCCGUCAAUUUGAUCUACAAAUUUUACAUCUUUAAUUAUACGAACAUAGAAGAUUUCGAGAGGGGUAAGGCAAACAAACUUAGAGUCCAACAAUUGGGACCGUACAUUUAUAGGGAAACAAAGGAACGCGUAAACAUUCAGAUACACGAGAACGGUACGAUAAGUUAUCAAGAGGAAAAAUCAUAUCAAUGGGAAAGUGGAAAUCCUGAGAAUGAAAUGAUCAUCGUACCAAAUAUUCUACUUUUGGCGACUAUAUCUCAUUUCCGAAAUUUACCAAUUACCGCCAAAUUUCUUUUAAACAUUGGCAUGUCAACGUUAAAUCUAAAGCCAUUUUUAAAUCUCACUGUUAGGGAUUUUCUUUGGGGAUACGAUGACAAUCUUUAUAACAUCCUGAAAACAUUUAACUUGUUAAACCAUCUGUAUUUCGAGAAAUUUGGAAUUCUAGUCGGUUACAAUGGAACCUCGAAGGAUCGUAUCACUAUAAAUACAGGUUCAAAUGAUAUCGAUUAUCUUGGCAUAAUUGAAAACAUAAAUGGCAUUAAUAUUCAAAAUAUUUGGGGUGACAAUAGAUGCGAUAGGAUUUAUGGCACUGACGGAUCGAUAUUUCCACCGAAAUGGAUUGACAAUUAUAGUACUCCUCUUUACAUAUAUGUUAAAGAAUUAUGUAAACCGUUGUCCUUUCAUUUUCGUGAAUACGGCAAGGUCCAGGGAGUACCUAGUUUGAGAUACAAAAUGUCAAUGGACUCGUUAAUGGAAUCCUCGACGGAUUCCUGCUUUUGUCCAAAAAUAAUAAAAAAAAAUAAUGAAUGGAAAAGAAAAUGUCCACCUAAUGGAUUUCUUAAUAUAUCGGCGUGUAAUUUUGACGUACCGAUAUUAAUUUCCUUUCCAAAUUUCUAUGGUGCUGAUCAAUCGUCGAUAGAAUCGAUCGAUGGAUUGAAACCGGACGAAACUCUUCACGAGAGUUUCUUGGAUUUGCAUCAGUUUCUGGCCGUACCAAUGAACGGCUCAUUGAAGAUACAAAUGAACAUAGAAGUUCAAAAAGUCAGUGGUAUGCCGUACACCGGCGAACUUAAAGACGGCACGAUAUUACCAAUCAUAUGGUACGAGAAUACACUUGACGUAUUACCACAAAAAUUUAUUAAUAUUUUCUUUGGCGGUCAUUUUGUUAUAAUGAUCAUUGAACUAGCCUUUCGAUGGGGUAGCAUUCUUAUAUUUUUAAGUUCCAUUUGUCAUGCUCUCUUCAUAAUUCUACGAAAAUAUUCGAUAAAUCGAUUAUGUGUUAUUAUGUGAAAUUUUUUGACCAACAACGAACUAAUAGAAGGAUGAUAAAUUAUAGCCGUUGCCUUCUCCUCUCCUUCCCCUACACCCCAUCCCCAUCCCCAUACCCACUACCACACCCACUGCCUGACUUUUCCCUGCUUCUAACUCCAAUUUUAUCUCGAUUGAUAAAAUUCAAAAGAAUAUUUUUUCUAAUUCAUUCAUUCGUUUACUUCGAAUGAGGGUGUAGCGCGAUAAUAGAGAUCAUUAAAAUAAGACAAUAUCGAUUUAUUCAUCGAAAUAUUCAUUGACGUUCAACUAGUAAAUCGUAUUUUAUCAUUCUGCGAAAUAGAAACGGAUAAUUAAUGUAAAUACUUUUAAAUACCAUUAGAUACAAUAUGUUUAGAUAAGAAACAUUUAUUACGAACGAUUGUUAUAUUAAAUUUGGAUUUAUUUUUAAUCGUCUCAAUAUCGUUUAUAAUUAUAUCGUGAUGAUAUAAACCGUCCGGCAUUUCUUGCCUCUUACAUUUAUUAACUUUUUAAUAAACAAAUACGUCAAUACAAACGCGUAAACUACUACGUAAUCCAUGUAACGUAUGUUACAUAUAUAUAUAUAUAUAUAUAUAUUUGAUGAAACUAAUCCUUCCAUGAGAGAGAAAAAAUACAACAUAUAUUUUUGUCGUUAUGAUUCUUAAGGUCUCUUGAGGUCGGCCGAUGGACUAACAACGCGAUUUAUGUUAUCGCGAUCUACGUUAUCGCGAUCUAUCGUAAACCAGUAAUAUUCGUCUGUUAAACAAUCUUACGAUUCCAUUUAUUCGCGUUAAAGAACAUAUAUAUAUAUAUUUAAAUGAAGAAUAUCUUUCUAAUACUCGCAUUGAAUUUAUUUAUGAAAAAUUUAUUUAAGAAAAUGAAAAAAGAAAAGAAAUUGAAAAAACAAGAAAAAGAAAACAAAAAUGUCCAGAACGUAAAGAAAGUUCGAAUUACUGAUUAUAUAUAUAUAUAUAUAUAUAUCGAUUUGUUGGAGUGUUAAAAUAAAAUAAAAGAAAAGAAAAAAAGAAAGAAGAAAAAAAAAAAAGGAAAAGGAAACAUUCUCAACGAAUUCAUGAUCGACGUACCCGUUCGAUUUGCUUUAUCGCGAAUGCACACGUAUUAUCAUAUUGGUAAUCAUAAUUACCGUCGAUAACUAAGUAAUUAAUCAUUACAUUAUUAUCGAAUAGGAUUUCACUCGAAUAAUUUGAUUCGUAAUGGGCGACUAAUAAGAGAAAAAAGAAAAAUGUAGGAAGAAAUAAAUUAGAAGAAAGUAAUAUAGAGCUAUGCAAAUGUAAUGGAUGUAAUAUAGUACUAAAGUUAUUUAAUAGAUGACUAAAAAAAAAAAUGUUCUUUAUCGAAUACUUCGUUCGUUCGUUCGUUCGUUCCUGAGAGAGAGAGAGAGAGAGAGAGAGAGAGAGAGAGAGAGAGAGAGAGAGAGAGAGAGAGAGAGAGAGAGAGAGAGAGAACAUUCUACUGAUAAUAAAAUAUUCUUGGGACUAAAUGAUAUUUCAAAUCGAUUCGAGAAACAUAUAAUGUUAUGUUAAUCGAUUGAUUUCGAAUUAUCAUUCCUACGUAAUUGAUUAUAUUACAUCUUUCUUUUUUUUUCUUAUAUCAUUAAAUUUGCUUAAUCAUAUUUAUCUUUAAAUAAUCACUUUGAAUAAUAAUAAUGAUAAUAAUAAUAAUAAUAAUAAUAAUAAUAAUAAUAAUAAGUUUUACUUUAACGUAAAGUUAUUAAAUUAUCAUAGAACAAAUUUCAUAGAAUUUAUGCGAGAUUAGACGUAUACGUAAGAAUGAUAUUUCAAGUGCGCGUCGAUGUUCGACAUUGAAAAGAAAAAAAGAAAAAGAAAAAAAGAAAAAAAGAAAUGAUGAUAAAAAAGGAAAAGUAAAGGAGAAAUGUGCGUUUUUUUAAAAAAUGCACGCUUACGUACCGUCGAUAAGUAUAUAUAUAUAUAUAUAUAUAUAUAUAUAAGAAAUUGUGAAAUUCGGAAUAAACUUACGAAUAAAAUCAUGAUUGAUUAUGAUAAAUCAUGAUUAAACGAUGUAGAAAGAAAACGGGAAAGAGAAAGAGAGAGAAAUAAAUAAAUCAGAAGAGGAUGAUUUAGAGAAGACUUUAUUCCCGUUGGCCAAAAAUAUUAGAAAAAAAAAAAAAACAAAAAAAAAGAAAAAAAAAGAAAAAAAAAGAGAGAAAUAAAAAAAAAAAGAAGUAAAAGAAAUAAAAAUAAAACUAAAAUAAAAAGAAGAAUUGCCAUCUCCUCCUGUUUUAAUUGUACGUCGAUUAUAACUUACCUUCCUAUGGUGUAUGCUUGCAAUGAAAGCGUAAAAAAAAAAAGAAAAAAAAAUAGAAGGAGGGAAGAGGGAGAAAGGGGAGGUAAGAAUAUAGAGGAUUAGGGGAUUAGGUGAUUUAGAUGAUUGAACAAUGAGUUGGGAGGAGGGAUCACGAGCGAAAGAAAUCAAAUUCGUCGGCAAAAGUUAUUUAACGAAAUGAUUUCCAAAGAGUCAUGAACGAUCGAGAGGAAAUGACGAUCGAUAAUAAUUAUCAAUACAUAUUAACUCGAAUCAAAUUUUUCCAAUUUUUCCAAUUGUUCAAUUAUAAAAACCAGUCACCGCGUUAUACAUUUAAUUUUUCGUGUUUGCUCCUUAGAGAGAGAGAGAGAGAGAGAGAGAGAGAGA